GCAAAAGUCUAGUCAGUCAUAUUAUAUGGUUGCUAUGUAUAAAAAAAAAAGAGAGGCAUCAGUUAUUGAAAAAGAGUAUCAGCAGAAAAGAGAAUGGGGAGUGCAAAGUUAUAAGAAAUAGAAGUUAAAAUUGAAUCAAAAUACAAAAUAAUUGCGAAUUAUUAAAGAUGAAUGGAAGAUAAAUAUCUGGACUGAAGAAAAUCCAAUGAGUUGAAGAUUUGUUACGAAUCCAAUGAGUUGAAGAUUUGUUGCUGACAAUUCACAGAAGUAAAUGCAAGUUUUAGAUCUGAUAUUGCAAGAUAUUAUCAUCUCAGUUGCCGUUAAAUUCUUUACUAAACUUAUGGAUGACGAGAAAUUAAUCGAAUUGGUCAGAAAAUACCCCGUAAUUUAUGACACAGGACAUGCAAAAUAUCUGGACACCAAACAUAAAUUGCAAAUCUGGAACAAAAUAGGAGAGGAAAUACAAAAAAACAGGCAAGCCUCUUCAGUUACAUUACCACCUUGUAAUGGAAUAUUGUCUAAUGCGGAGUUUAUUGUGGAAGAUGUCGGAUCGGUAGUAGUCAAAGAAAAUCCAUCAUACCUUUCUAUAAAAUUAUUCAAGUUACAUGCAACUCAACCAACUAGGGAUAAUAAUUCAGAUACAAUCAGUCAUACUGAAACAGAGGACCAACUGAGCCCUGUUAUAAAAAGACCAUCGGUUCCAACCAAAAGAAAACUUCCUGAACAAGACCCAGCAUCAACUACUUUAAUGAAAUAUCUGUUGGCUAGAGGAGAUAAUCAAAAAACCGAAAAUGUACAUCCACUUGAUGCCUUCUUUUCCGGACUCGCUGCAACUGUCAAAAUAUUUUCUCCAUACUACCAACACUUGGCAAAAAGUAGAUUAUUUAAUGUGGUGCAGCAAUUGGAGGAGGAACAAUUACAGCAUCCCACUGUUGAAAUUAAUUCGAAUAAUAGAACACCUAUGACAACACCAUCGCCAACUGGAGCUUUGUUUAGUUCUACGCAUACAAAUCAGUUCCCCUUAUGUCAAACCUCACAACUCCAGCUUUGGUGAACAAAAUCAAUCUAAACCUACAGCAAGCAGUUUUUUUCACAAUUUUCAAUAAAAAUGUAAUAAUUUAAAAA